CUCAGCCCGUUUCAAGGUCGAAACGGUCUCAGUCCUUGGGUUACUUUCCCAUCCUGGUUGUAGACAUCAACAUGGGUUCCACCAUUGAUUGGUCGCGGCGGCCCACCUACUCGCCAGAGCAGCUCAGACGCUACUUCGAUCGCAUUGGUCUCCCUCAUAAGUAUCGGGAAUCGCCGGUGAUCCAGGAAGGGGCUACUAUCGAUGGCCAGACAGCGUUGAAUUUCCUGAAAGUCCUGCAACGGUACCAGGUGGCAGGUGUCCCAUUCGAAAAUCUCAACCUUCAUUACUCGGCUCACCGGGGCAUCUCCAUUGACCCGCAAAGCCUAUUCGAGAAGAUUGUGGACUCUAAUUCCGAACGAGGGGGCUACUGCAUGGAGAAUAGCGGACUCUUUGGGACCGUCUUGAGGAGCUUAGGGUACAAGGUGACUGCGGUUGGGGGGCGCGUCAACGAAGCCUCCCAGCCCAUAUCGGCGUCGAAGAAUUGGAAAGGGCCCAAGUACGACGGAUGGAACCACAUGGUCAAUCUCAUCACCAUUGGCGAGCAAAAGUACCUCAUAGACGUUGGAUUUGGCUCGAACGGGCCACACCAGCCCGUGCCACUCAUCCAGGGCUACGAGUUCCAUAAUGUAGGCGAGCAAUCCGGCCGGCUGGUGUAUGGGCCCAUCUCCCAACACACCAGCAAGGGCCAAUCCAUCUGGCAGUAUGAGAUCCGCAAUGGCGACGGAGCAUGGACUCCGGCUUAUUGCUUCACCGAGAUGGAGUUUCUCCCCGAGGAUUUCACCAUCAUCAAUUACUACAUGAGCACCAGCCGGGAGAGCUUCUUCACUUUCAACGUUUUGUGUGUGCGGAUGUUGCUCGACGAGGAGGGGGAGAAGCUCGUGGGCGACCUGACCUUAUUCAACGAUACGCUGAAACGGCGCUUGGGAGCGACAUCCGAGGUUCUCGAGAAAUUCACGGCCGAAGAGGAGCGGGUACUGGCGUUGGAAAAGCUUUUCAAGAUCCGCCUCUCAGGGGCAGACAGAGGAGGGAUUCGCCGUACGAUCUCGGAGAUCCUCUAAAAUUGACUGGACGGGGAAAGGGGAAAGAAAUCCGAACGGAGACCGCUGGAGGAAUCGCAACGCACUGAUAAGGAGUUAUUAGCAUGUGAAUCAAAUCAAGGAUCCUGUCUUUUUGAUUGGCGGCGGAAAUAUUCG